GCCAAGCUACGCUUUAGAAGGCUUCAAAGAGAGGUACCCCCGGUACUACGAGCUAUACCUGACAGAUAUCUACAUAAAUUAUGCUAACUAUCGGGGCGCCAUGGAGUUUGACUACGCCACGUAUGGACCGGACGCCGACUGCCCAUAUCCCUCGCGCACCGACCUGGGUGGUGGAUUUGCCCUACGGCGUAUCCUACCGACACUUUGUCGCCCUAACGAUGAGAUAGAAAUGGUUGACCCGAUGACCGAUGAAACUGCAAAAGUAGUCUAUUCCGUAGACAUUGCUCCUGAGCAAAGUUAUCGAAUUGACGAAGGUCCAGCUGACGAGAUGUGGGUUGAUAUCAGCGUUGAAAUCUGUGACCUUACAGUCCGGACGUGUCCUGACGGAAAGCCCCUAGUUUACUGCAUAGAUGACCCUUGCAUUCAUGCUUUGUGUCCGGUGGGAGAAAAGUGUGUGGCCGACUUCUGUGGUGAAUGUAACGCCAAGUGCGUUCCAAUUAACCCACCUGCAGUUAAGUGCAACAGCUGGACAGACUGGUUUGAUCGAGACAACCCCUCAGGGACAGGCGACUGGGAACUUCUGAUCAACCUCCAACAGGAGAACCCUGGCCGGAUUUGCAAGGCGCCCACUGUCAUCGAGGCGCGCGUCAAAGUCAGCGGAACGAACGCACUGACCACGGGAGAAAACUUCGCCUUCUUUGACGCCACGACUGGCUUCGUGUGCAGGAAAAGGGACCAGUCGGACAACAGGUGUCUCGACUAUGAAGUUCGCUUCUGCUGUCCGGAUGUCAUUCCAGACUGCCCUGACGGGUCCUGGACGACAUGGUUCGACCGUGAUAAUCCUGGUGGCAACGGUGACUGGGAAGCACUGGUCCAUCUCCGCCCUGAAAACCCUGGCCAGAUCUGUUCCAACCCUACAGCCGUGCAUGCGCGCGUCAUCAGCACACAAGUGGAGGCGUCGCUGACAGGGCAGGUUAUCCACUGGUACGACACGACAAACGGCUUCGCCUGCGUAAACAGGCAACAGAACGAUGGCGACAUGUGCCUGGAGUAUGAAGUUCGCUUCUGUUGCCCUUCUUGCGAAAGCUGGACACCCUGGUUUGAUCGGGACAAUCCAGACGUAACUGGUGACUGGGAGGUUCUUUCCCAUCUCCGUCUGGAGAACCCAGGGCAGAUCUGCCGCGCACCGACCGACAUCCAGGCCCGCGUCAUCGCUACCGGGCAGGACGCGUUUCUUACGGGAGAAGUCUUCGCGUCCUAUGACGUCACAACCGGGUUCGUCUGCAGGAUGAGAGAUCAGCCCGACGGCAUCUGUCUCGACUAUGAAGUUCGCUUCUGCUGCUCUACAUGCGAAAGCUGGACUCGGUGGUUUAAUCGGGACCAUCCUGGAACGACUGGUGACUGGGAGGUUCUUUCCCAUCUCCGUCCGGAGAACCCAGGGCAGAUCUGCCGCUCACCGACCGACAUCCAGGCCCGCGUCAUCUCUACCGGGCAGGACGCGUUUCUAACGGGAGAAGUCUUCGCGUCCUUUGACGUCACAACCGGAUUCGUCUGCAGGAUGAGAGAUCAGCCCGACGGCACCUGUCUCGACUAUGAAGUUCGCUUCUGCUGCCCUAUUCCAGACUGCCCUGGCGGGUCCUGGACGACAUGGUUCGACCGUGAUAAUCCUGGUGGCGUCGGUGACUGGGAAGCGCUGGUCCAUCUUCGCCCUGAAAACCCUGGCCAGAUCUGUUCCAACCCUACAGCCGUGCAUGCGCGCGUCAUCAGCACACAAGUGGAGGCGUCGCUGACAGGGCAGGUUAUCCACUGGUACGACACGACAAACGGCUUCGCCUGCGUAAACAGGCAACAGAACGAUGGCGACAGAUGCCUAGAGUAUGAAGUUCGUUUCUGCUGCCCUCCAUGCACAAAUUGGACACCCUGGUUUGAUCGGGACAACCCUGGAACGACUGGUGACUGGGAGGUUCUUUCCCAUCUCCGUCCGGAGAACCCAGGGCAGAUCUGCCGCUCACCGACCGACAUCCAGGCCCGCGUCAUCGCUACCGGGCAGGACGCAUUUCAAACGGGAGAAGUCUUUGCGUUCUAUGACGUCACAACCGGGUUCGUGUGCAGGAUGAAAGAUCAGCCCGACGGCAAGUGUCUCGACUAUGAAGUUCGCUUCUGCUGCCCUCCAUGUCCUCCGAGAGCACCUCUACCUACGGGAUUCAGUUACGAAGCCGCAAGCAGCGCGUACACCGUUUUGAAUAGUAACCUUGGUCCUGUCGUGAGUGAGGAGGUUGGGAUGACUACCUUCCUCAACGAUCUGAGUGCCUACGCAGUAUAUGACGGCGUUCCACUCGCUGACCUGCCUGACACGUCAAACAUCACCAUCCAACCAGAGCGCUGGGCUCUAACCUACACAGAUCCACGGUCUCCCAAUGUCACCACAGCACUGUUCUUGCCAGAAACAACCAACUUUGACCCUAAAGUUGGGUUACCAGACAAUCUGCCAAGCUACGCUUUAGAAGGCUUCAGAGAGAGGUACCCCCGGUACUACGAACUAUACCUGACUGAUAUCUCCAGGAAUUAUGCUGUCUCUCGGGCCGGUAUCAAGCUUGACUACGCCACCUACGGACCGGACCCCGACUGCGACUACCCCUCGCGCACCGACCUGGGUGGUGGGUUUGCCCUACGGCGCAUCCCACGGACCCUUUGUCGCCCUAACGAUGAGAUCAUAGUCGAUGACCCAACAACCAAUGAAGCCAUGAGGGUAGUCUAUACAUUGGACGUCAACGCAGUCCUUGAUGGUGAAGUCUGGGUUGAGAUGGACGUGGGACCUUAUGGGCGUUGCGAUGAUCCACCAAGCUACGAUUGUAUAGACAUAAUAUGCUCCCCAGGUCCCCACAACCAUGGGGACACCUGCGGUUACACGUGCGCCCGAGGCUGUUAUGGACCAGUAAGCACCUUGGUGAUAUGCGUUGGCGGAAUAUGGGAAGGUCUGGUGCCCGAAUGCGAAAGGAUAUGUAAACCGCCACCUACCCUACCCUGCACCCAACGGGUCGGCUGCGAUUAUCCCUACACCGUGGGGGAAAGCUGCUACUACCGGUGCUACAAUGAGGGAGGAUACGCCAUGGAGGUGUCUGGUGACACCGUCAGGACAUGUCAAGAGAAUGGUCUGUGGUCUGGAACGGACCUGGUCUGUGACUGUAAAGAUAGGAAGGAUUGCUGUCGCCCUGACAUCAUCUUCGUCCUUGACUACUCCGGAAGCAUGUGGGGAGACAUCCCGCCGGUGAUAGCCUUCGUUGAGGCACUGGUGGAUCGGUUCGACAUCGGGGAUCUGGACGCUCGAGUCGGCGUACUAAGAUACAAUACCUCUCCAAUGCUGGAAUUCCAAUUGGGUGCAUAUAACAAUAAACCUGCCACACUCGCACACAUAACUGGCAUGACAACAACACCCGGUGGAGGGACCUUUACAGGCGCUGCUCUCACCUACGUGGCCAACACCAUGCUGCUUCCUUUAAACGGUAACCGCCCUGACGCUCCAGAUGUGGUGGUUGUUCUGACUGAUGGCUUCUCAGGGGAUGACGUCACGGGCCCAGCCUCGCUCCUGCACAGCAUGGGCGUCCAGACGUUCGUUAUCGGCGUCGGAGGUUGCGUCAGCGACGCCCAGCUCGGAAAUAUCGCCAACUGCGAGGAUCACGUGUACAAACUGUCAGACUUCAACGGUCUGGACGGCAUCACGGACAGCAUCCACAAGCAGAUAUGCUGCAACGAGCCAAAAGCCGCGCCAUGUUGCCCACGGCCACAGACGCUUGUGGCAGAUACCAGUACCGGACAUAACGUGUACGAAGCUGUCAAAUACAGGCUGUCACCCCAGGUGCAAUGCGAGGCACCCGCUGAAGAGAUGCCGCCAUAUCCGCUGGCUCCGGAGAUACCACAGCGCGCUGAGGUCAACUCAGUAAAUGCUUGGGUCCGCGCUUAAAAAGACAGAGUUUCUUGUGACAAUGUGAGUUUCAGAUACUGUAAAUGCAUUUAAUUUUGCGGGGAUUUGAUUUCGCGGUAGCGGGAAAAGGGGCUUUUCGCGGUGGUUUUAAGUUCGCGGUAGCACCAUGCACUGUAGUCUCUAACUGCCAUAGAAAAAUGCUCGAGGUGGUUUUUAAUUCACGAUGAAGCAGCAACCGCGAAAACCGUGAACAUCAAACCACCGCGAAAGUGUCUGCAUUUACAGUACAUCAUCGUUUGGUCUGUACUUCUGUUAUUACAUCGGCAGGAUGCAGGGUCAGUUUAGUGAUCACGAGUAAUGUAUCUCUAAUCAGUAUUGGUACCCUCUCACAUUCCACUUAACGAUGACCGCGCUGCAUUCUCGUUUCGACUAUGACUGGAUAUGUGUAAUCCUUGAUUUCAUAAUUGCAAUAUCAUGCAAAAAGUUAGAUGAGUACAAACGUUAAGACAACAAUAUACAAACAGCUUGAAAACGUUUUUGCCUAUGAAAGUUGCUGAGUGAUCUAUCAAAAUGUGGGUCGGAGCGCGAUUACAGCGACGUCACUGCAGUAGUGGAAUAAACUGUAACUAGAAGAAUUAACAAGAUUGCCUGUAGUGCAUUUUUCAGUUAUUCUUCUCAUGGUUGCUAAUGGAUAAACCCUGCGCUGCUCUAGUAAUUUUACAAAGACACGAUUGUCUUAUGUUGAUUUAUGAAUCAUUUAAAACAAAAGAAUUAGAGCUAUUAGGUUUUGGUAACCUAGAAUGAUCAUUAAGCUCUAGAAGUUGGUGAAACUUCUUGGAUGUAUUUAAAUAAAGAAUAUUAGAUGUUAUAUUGUAAUCUAUUGUAGUUAUAUUGCUACAAUACUUCUAUACUUUACCGGUAAAAUCUACUACAAUGCUACUAUACUAUACUGGUAAAAUCAUCGCUUGACAGUCCUAGUUACCACUGUUGAUUUACUUUAACGUUUUCGCCUAUGUAUCCAAGAGAAGAAGUCGUUCUGAAUGAUUACAUUAUGCUGUUAACAUAGCUUUUGCGCACUAUGUGCUGCGUUCAGAAGUCAAAGUAGCAUUAUAUAAAAGUGACCUGGACUUAAUAAUUAGCUGUAGAAGUUGUUGAAACUUCUAGGAUGUAUUUUAAUAAAGCACAUCAGAUGUUAUAUUGUAAUAUUGUAGUUAUAUUGCUAGAGGUAAAUCAUCGCUUGACAUUCCAUGGUACCACUAUUAUACGGAUUUACUUUCACGUUUUCGCAUAUGUACCCAGGAGAAGAAGUAGUUCUGAAUAAUAACAUUAUGCUGUUAACAUUACUUUUCUUUUUGAGCGCUAUGUUCAGAAGUCAAAGUAGCAUAUGAAAAUGGAGCAUAAGAUUAAAGAUUGCACAUCACGAUGCUAAUUAUGGCAAAUAUUUAAUGGAUAGCUGGGCCCAUUGUGUAUUUUCACUAUUGUUUGGAGUAUUAGGCCACACUGACUUAAUUUUAUGGAUUAUACAUUCCUCUGAGACCCCAAAA